UCUUUUGAAAUUUUUGUUUCUUUAUUAAUAGGACUGGAUCCUUCCCAAUUCAGAGUCCAUCACCAUUACCAUAAAGAUGAGGAGAAUGAUGCCUUGGUUGGUGGCCCAGCUCAGCUCACUGAUGAGGAGAAAUAUAGGGAUUGUGAAAGAUUCAAGUUUUGCUGCCUCAAAUGCGGAACAGAAAAUAUUUAUGACAAUGUCUUUGAUGGUUCGGGGCGAUUUAUUGAACCCAGCUUGCAAAGGUGCAGUAAGACUGAAUGUGAAGAGCCUCCUCUCAACUAUGUGGUUCAAAUGAGCAACAAAAUACUGUUGGAUAUUAGACGCUACCUCAGAAAAUACUAUAAUGGUUGGUUAAUAUGUGAGGAGCCAACGUGCCAGAAUCGAACCCGUCGACUUCCCCUGAGUUUUUCCCGGAGUGGCCCCGUGUGCCAGGCCUGCAAGAAGGCUGUUCUCAGACCAGAG